AUGCCAGAGCGUGAGAUAGACAACCAUCCUUUCUCGACAUGUUCUGCUAAUCCUUUUGGACCUAGGAGAAAGCCCGGCCGACCAAACCAAGAAAAACAGCAGGAAGAGGGCCAGUCUCUUCAAGACACAAAUGUAAACACUAUUGAUGAUACAUCUGGCUGUACUCUCCAUGUCGGUGCCCAAUCUACUCCUGAGUAUCAAUUCCAACAUAAUUCAAUCACACCUCAAGUUGCUCAGGAUGUUGAGCCUAUUACCCACGAAGACCAGGCUCGAAUGCGCACCUGCCAUGAAAUAUCGGGUGGAGGGGAUCUUGUCUCGGCACAUACCAUGACCUCGCCUGGCCAAGGUAGGGAUACCGUUGAGUACCGCAACGGCCUGAACUUCAUAUCCGCUUUGGGAGAGCUGGUUGGGAGCCAGAAGCCACGGCGUUUAACAAGAAUUAUGGCCCACGACUCAAUAUUGGAUUCUGAAGAUCAGAGCCAACAGCAGCAAACUUCUGAACAGGGCCCAGCUGUAUCUAGACUGGGCGCUGCAGAGUUGGCAUUGCUCGAAUCAAAAGGAGCACUCUCGCUUCCUCCUAAGGCUUGUUGCGACCAGCUGUUGAAGCUGUACUUUGAGAUUUGUUAUGUGAGAACGCCAAUCUUCAAUCGCAUCGAGUUUUGUAGGGCGUACGACUCGGAUCAACCAUCACUAUUCCUCAUGAAUGCGGUAUUUGCCAAUGCUGCCCAGUAUGCACCUAUUGAUCUCAUAGAAAGGUGCGGUUUCAAAAGCAGGUCUUGUGCUCAAAGAGCCUUCAUUGCGCGAGCCAUUCUUCUUUAUGAUCUGGGCCAUGAGACUGUUCAGCUGCGUCUUUUACAAGGGUCGGUUGUGCUGGGUGCUACUGUCUUCUCAUAUACACGCGAUAAAGACUUCCGAUUUUGGAUGCAUAAUGCGUCUCGCCUCGCAGUGAAGAUGGGACUUCACCUUAGGGAAAUAGAAGGGGAAGUUGACCCUGACACAUUCAAGCUAUGUCGAAGGAUAUGGUGGGCUAUAUACAGCCGUGAUAUUAUACUGCACUUUACUGGAUUGAGGAACAUGCGAAUGCUUGAUCGUACUGACUAUGACAUGACCCUUCUCUCAGAGGAUGACUGGGAGAGUGAUGAGAGCAUCCCCGAUCAAUUUUGGUCUAUACUGUCUCCUAUCUCUCGCCAACAAAAGCUCUUUCACAUAGAGUACGUGAAGCUUACGCUGGUAGGAGAGGAAUGUCUGUUGAUUGUAAAAAGCCGCCAGGAUUCUACAGAUAGUCAAGAAGUCGAAAUCUCAACACGCUUCUCGUCGUGGAGAAAAGCAAUUCCCCACGUACUAAGUAUAGAUGAGCAUCCAUCAGCUCCUGGCCAAAAUAAACUGCCUAUUACCCUGAUGGCGGCUAGCUACAGGUUUGAAUGCAUAUUGUAUCAUGUGCUGAUGCGGAAGUACCAAAAGAGCAAGAAUGAUAUAUAUCCUCGGUGCAGAGAUCGGCUUCGAAGGUCAAUUUUCCAGCUGGAUACCUUGAUUGGUAGAGCCAUAACGGAUGGGCUCAGUGGGGUAUAUUCUCAAACUCUUGUCGGGUGUGUUAACACCAGCUUGGCACUUCGCAUAGAAUCCAGCCUCCAGCCGCAACAAAGCCACCUGGACAAAAUGCUAGAUUACAACUCGAUUAGGCAGAGCAUGUUAUUCUUGAGGGAGGUGAGCGAUCUCCCUAGUGUUCAAUGGACCCUGGGUGUAUUUGAAUGGAUUCUUGGCCAGAAAGGCUUGUUCAGUGAGGUUGGAUUGACUGAAUCAGGGAUUCAUGGACUCGAGAAUGUGAUGGGGAUGGACACUGUCACCGAGGAUGAAAUAAGAUCGACCCUGACAAGCAACCAAUACUUCGGAGCUCUGGAUACCGCGGAUCAACUCGACAAUUUUCUGUACAAUGAUGACUUUGCCGGCUACAUGGGACUUGGAGAUAUAUAG